CCAGAAAAUCGAAACGCAUAAACGUAUUAAUUACUUUCGUCAACUAGGUCAUCACUCCUUGGGCAUCCACUACUUGGACCGCUGGUACCACUGGCUCCAUCACCUGGAACACCACAACUGCCGGUUCUCCUGCUCUUACCACUUGCAGCAUCGAUAUGCUUGGUGGUUCCGCUACUAACGCCAACGUCGUUGCUCACGUUACUGGCGUUCCUAUCGACUGCACUCUUGGAAAGUACGAUAUUACCCCCUUGGGUGACUUCGCUACUGGAAAGUACUGGCUCCGUAUCGGCUCUGAUCCUACCUGGUUCUACUCUGGCCAAUUCACCUUCCAGGGUACUGGAAGUGUCGGAGCCUUGAGCUCUGCCUGGAACGCCAGCGCCGCUGUCGCCCCAGCAACCGCCUCUGUCUCUAUGGCAUCUGGCGCAACCAUGAUUCCUACUGCUAGCGGCUCUGCCAUGAAGUCCAUGGCCAGCGGUAGCGCCAGUGCCAGUGCCAGUGCUACUGGAAAGACCAGCGGUAGCUCCAAGUUGCAAACUCCCCUUGUCGCCGUCACCGUUCUCGGAGCUGCUGUUGCUGCUCUCAUUUAUAAUGCUGUAAUUUUUUUUUUUAUGUUCUUCUCCACAUCCUGUCAAAAGCAUUAAAGUGAAUGCCUGCUAUAUAUGGGAACACUGUUUUGUAGACCCUGAAAAGAUGCUGGAUAAUACUACGAAUCCCAAGAUUUUUGAGAAAUGAUGGGAAUACGGA